UGGCUUAAAAAUGAUAAGAACGUAGAAGCUGAGGCCGAAAGGGUGAACGGGAACGCACCACAAAACAUUUACUUCCGGUCUCAUCUUCUUUGCUAAGUGUUCAUGUAAGUUAAAUCUGUCAAAAGCUCGCUUGACAUUCUAAUGAUUCAUUCCAUUUACACACUUUACACGUACAGCUAAGCAUGGUUGUAAAGAGUUUGAAUAUCUGCCYUGCRUYMAAAACAAAACCCUGACAGGUCACGUGAUCAAGUCCCUUAGAGUCACAGGAUUAGAGAUGUGCCAGACCAAAUGUUUUUCUGAAGAGUCUGAGGGCGAAUGUGUGUCGUACAAUUUGGGUCCAGUAGACGGUCUCACUAGGAUGUGUGAGUUGAGCUCAUCGGAUCACUGGWCACUGCCCAAGUUCUUAAUAUCAAAGGAAGGCUUUGAGUACUGUCCAAUCAAGAAUCCUUGCUCAUCGAGUCCAUGUCCACAAGGAAAACUCUGCACUCCAGAUUUUUCUUGGGAUACCUACCAMUGCAAAGAAGGUUGGUGGACCAAGUGGGGCUCCUGGUCGACCUGCUUUCUACCCAAAACUUGUCAGUUACAGACUCGAAAACGUAAAUGUUCAAACCCACUUACUAGUAACCAAGUCCAAUGUGAUACCGGAGCUGGACUGGAGUCAAGAAACUGCAAAGUGCACUAUUAUGACACAACAGGAUGUGAAGGCCAUCUGGGAAUGGAAGACGGGCGGAUCAAAGACUCCCAAAUCAAGGGUUCAACUUGGUGGAGUCAGGACUGGCUACCUAAAGAAGGACGUCUUAAGGCUCACCGUGCGUGGAUCCCCAGAAAGUCGACAAACGGCGAAUACAUUCAGGUCGAUCUGUUAAAGCCGACAUUCAUCACCAUGGUAGCGACUCAAGGAAGACCACUAGUUAACCAAUGGGUAACAAAGUAUAAGUUAGCGUACAGCAAUGAUGGCCAAUCAUGGAAUGAAUAUAAGGGAGAUUGCAUCAAGAUUUUUCCUGGAAAUUCAAACUACWACACCAUUGUGACCAACAAGCUUGAGGUUCCCAUUAAAGCUAGGUACUUGCGUCUUAUCAUUCAGGGACACAGUWAUCACCCRAGUAUUAGAAUGGAGAUAUACGGAUGUGUUAAGGACAACCUGCCACURCAUUUUAAAUCUGUCAAAAGCUCGCUUGACAUUCUAAUGAUUCAUUCCAUUUACACACUUACACGUACAGCUAAGCAUGGUUGUAAAGAGUUUCAAUAUCUGCCCUGCGUUCAAAACAAAACYCUGACAGAUCACGUGAUCAAGUCCCUCAGAGUCACAGGGUUAAAGAUGUGUCAGACCAAAUGUUUCUCUGAAGAGUCUGAGGGCGAAUGUGUGUCGUACAAUUUGGGUCCAGUACACGGUCUCACCAGGAUGUGUGAGUUGAGCUCAUCGGAUCACUGGACACUGCCCAAGUUCUUAAUAUCAAAGGAAGGCUUUGAGUAYUGUCCAAUCAAGAAUCCUUGCUCAUCGAGUCCAUGUCCACAAGGAAAACUCUGCACCCCAGAUUUUGCUUGGGAUACCUACAAUUGUAAAGAGGGCUGGUGGGCCAACUGGGGCUCCUGGACAGUUUGCUUUCUACCUAAGACUUGUUUACAAACUCGGAAGCGUAACUGCUCCAACCCACUCACUCAGACGCAGGUUAACGCGGCUAAAUGUGAAGGAUCUGAACUGGAGACGAGAGACUGCAGAUUGCCCGUGUAUAACACAACAGGGUGUGAACAACCUUUGGGAAUGGAAGACGGGCGAAUAAGUGACUCCCAAAUAACUGCCUCUUCUUGGCGGGGUAACGACUAUCCACCUGAAAAAGGACGAUUAAAUAAUGCUAGUCCAAAGGUGUGGCUCUCCAGGUAUGUAAGGAAUGGCGAAUACAUUCAAGUCGAUCUACUUAGACCGACAUUCGUCACCAUGGUAGCAACACAAGGAAGACCAAGAACUAUACAAUGGAUAACGAAGUAUAGCUUGUCAUACAGCAGUGAUAACCACAAAUGGAAUGAAUACGAGGGAGAUUGUGCCAAGAUUUUUCCUGGAAAUAACGAUGCCAACACCAUUGUGACCAACAAGCUGGAGGUCCCCAUCAAGGCGAGGUUCUUGCGACUUGUGAUCAAGGAAUUCCAUAUUUAUCCCAGUAUGAGAAUGGAGAUUUAUGGAUGUGAGAAGGAAAACCUACCCAUUCAAUAGACUGUUUUCACUUUUGUAUUCCGGCUUCGCCUGCAGUGCACAAAACGAAAUAUUUUACAGCACACGGGAGUACUUGCAAGAGGCCACUGACACUGCAUUGAUCACUGGAAAUCAUAAGAUCUAUCUAGAAAUAAUGCAAAAAAGAGUUGCCGGCCCUUGGAGCAUGCUAGAAAAAGACAGUGGGCGACUUUUUGCAAACCGUGAACGUUUGAAGGUCACAAGGAGUCGUGCGGUGUCAAAAUGACCUACUUACUACCCUCAGGCUGUUUUUUUACAUGAAAAGCUUGCUUU